UAAUACAUCACAAUAAUCAAUAUGGCGGCAACAUCGACCUAUGUUGAACAUUGGGGUGAACUUGAUUCUCCUUUGCCAAAAACACCCGGCCUACAUGUUGAAACAACGGAGCCCAAAGCAGCAGAUUACGAAAUACCUAGACUGCAUCAGCCGUCUUCGGAACACUUUCCACCGAAAGACGAAUUGCCGGUGAAGUUUAUGGCGUCUGUUAAACCGCCGCUUGAUAAACACUCACAGAACCUAACACUGCACUGUAUUGAACUACAACAUCACAAAAGACGAAUGCGUCUGAUGUUGAUGGCAGCCCAACAUCAACAUGGAGAAGGAAUGAAAUCAGAUGGUGCAGAAGCUCCUUCUCUACCUGCUCAUCCACCAAGAUCAAAGCGAUUCUGCUCCAGUCAUGGAAUUGUCACCCCACCUACACAAACAACCAUCCUCUCACGAGCCCAGGAAACUGUAGACCCUCAUGAACCCCAUUCUACCCUUACAUGCGCAGAGCUAGACAGUGCCUCCAACAGACACUUGUUGAUGAAGUCAGUAGCUACCCUAUGUGCAUUGGCAGGAUUUGAUAUGGCCAGUGAAUCUUCUCUGGAAAUACUAACAGACAUCCUUGAUGACUUUAACACCAAGCUCUGCCGUCUUUUGAGAAUGAGUGUUGAUAACAAUGCAUUAAGUGGGAGGACAGGUUUUCCAGAUGCUAUGGAGUAUGCUCUGCAUGAGAUUGGGCUUGGUGGAUGUGCAGCUAUCCAUAAGUACUGGGUGCAAGGAAUACAAGACUAUGCUGUAAAACUAGAUCAAGAGGAUUUGGAGAUGAUACAGGAAUACAAAGCUUUGAUUGAUCCAUCAGCAAGGAAAUCUGCAAAAACUUCUGAUGAAGGAGGAAACUCUCAAGGGUCCAUAGUCAAAGAUGAAGUUGAACUUAAAGGGAACGGAGUAUCAUGUAAAACAUCUGUUGGGACAGACACAUCGGAUCAGGGUCCAGAGUUAUCGCUUUUAAGUCCCUACGGAAUGGUUUCGAAUGGAAGUAAUACCGGAGAAGGAAAUAGUGACCCUACCUCACCCCAGUGGGGAAUGUCAUAUAUCAAGACUGAAGGUGAAGAAGAUGAGGCAUACGAAGACCCAAUGAAUGUUGUCCCAAAAACGCCACAGUCAUAGUGGACAAACAAAAAGGUGUCAAAAGCAGAGGUCUCUCUCAAAGACACUGAAACCAUGAGCAUGGCAUUUGAACCGGUCUCGUUUAAAAACGAUAAAUGGCAAGUCAUCGUCUUCGCAAGUGUUUCAGAGCUCAUUAAAUUCUGUAUCAUUGAAAAACAGAUUCGUCCAUUUCAAUCUGCGGCAAGGGAAAUGAGUGAGGGAACCAUAUUGUUGCUUUGUAGACUCCACAACGUCCAUGGUCCUGGCGCUAUUUUUUGAUUGGGCCAUUCGUUAAGAGUUCUUAGGCUUGGAUAUACCCAAGAACUACAAUCAGAAUAGGAAUAUUACGAACACUACGUAUAAGAUAACCAAAACAAUUAAUGAAAAUGAAUAAACCAUUUUUCCUAAUA